AUGCCUAGAUUUAUUGAUGAGCUACCACCAGUGGACUCUCCAUGUCCGAUAAAGGUCGUGGUGGUGAGCCUCAGCAGAACUGGCACUGCCGGUUUGUACAAGGCUUUGAAAGUUCUUGGGUUCAAGCCAUACCACAUGGCCGAAGUCAUGCAUAACAGACUACCUGACGCCGUCAUACUGAAUGAGGCCGUCGAGGCAUACCGCAACAAGAACAUCAAAAGCUACACGCGUGAGGACUUCGACAAAUGGUUCGGCAAGUAUGAUUCUAUCGUCGAGGUACCCUCCUUCUUCCUCGACGACUUCCUGGCGGCCUAUCCCGACUGCAAAUUCAUUCUGACAGAGAGAGACCCUGACCGCUGGGUGAGUUCGUGGAGGGGCACUGUUGCCGAGGAGGUCGCCAAGGGGAACACAUUGCAGAGACGGUUCGUGCGAUUCUUCGAUACCUUUGCCGACAACUUCAUCAGUGCGGUGACAAAGAUCACCGACGAGUGGACUGGCGGAAAGGGACUGACAGAAGAGGGCUACGCACACUCACGCCAGUACUGCAUUGAUUAUUGGGCCGACGUCAAAAAGAGGAUCCCCGCCGACCGGCUCCUCUGUUUGAAGCUUGAGGAGGGAGAGUUGGGAUGGCACACCAUCUGCCUGUAUCUGGGAGUGGAAAUUCCCAACCAGCCUUGGCCGGAGCGGAAUGAAAAGGAAAGCUUCAGAAAGGGAACCGCUGAAGUGCAAGCAGUCAGCGCCGCCAAUGCGCGGAAGCGGAUGGUAUUCACACUGGCACCUAUUGUAGCGGUAGCUAGCAUCGCAUCUUGGUAUUAUCGGGCCCUGCGUAAGGGGUGA